CCUAACCUGCUGCAAGGAUUUCUGUUUCUUCAUCUCCCUCAACCUGAUCUAACAUUUUCUACCUCACCACUGCUCAUUUUCUCAGAAUCACCAAAUCCUAUUGGACAGUGAAUGUGGGGUAGCCCUUUCCUGCUGGAUAGCAAAGUGCUCGAACAUAAAGUAUUAUUUGUUUAUUAACUACACUGCAGCAAAAGUGAAAGAAAAUUGAUGAGAGCAUGCAAGAACAAAGGGCACAGUCAAGUUCGACAACACAGUUGUCCGGGCAGGGGAUUUCCAGCUCAACUGUUUGCAUAUAAGCUGGAUGCAAGGUCCGUUUGCUCAGUCUCUUCUUUCUGCUCCUUUGAUUGCAGGAAUGGCUCCCAAUGCUUCCACCCUUGCUGUGAAUGUCUAUUGUGAGACACAGGAAUUAAUGACAUUCGAGGCCAACAGACAUGACAGAGUACGGAAGAUCAAUGAACACGUGAGAUCUAAGAUCAAGAUUCCUGUGCAGGAACAGGUCCUUCUGCUGGGCUCCAAGACUCUAGAUCCACAGAGAAAGCUAUCAUCCUAUGGCAUUGACAAGGAGAAGACCAUCCACCUCACUCUGAAGGUGGUGAAGCCCAGUGAUGAGGAGCUGCCCUUGUUUCUAGUGGAUUCAAGAGACCACGGGCAGAGGCAUCUCCUGCAAGUGCGAAGAUCCAACUCAGUGGUCCAGGUGAAAGAAAUGAUCAAGAUCCUGACUGGUGCAGCCCCUAAAAUCCCGAAUGUGACUUGCAAUGGAAAAAAACUGGAGGAUGGGAAGAUCAUGGCAGAUUACAAUAUUAAAAAAGGCACUUUACUCUUCAUGACAGGUUACUGUAUUGGGGGGUGACCACCUUGGGGAUGGGGUGAUAGUAGGAGUAGCAGAGCUUAUUUUCUUUCGAUUUACUCAGUAGCCACAUCUUCUGAUGUCUUCCCAAAAUGAAUGAGACUCAAAUAGAUUAAGAUUUGGGUGAGGUGGGUAGGAUGAAGGAAAAUUUCCAACUCUAUAAUUCUUUGGUCCUAACAUAGCUGAUUAAAUGGCAGGCUCUCGGCCUUUUGGCUAAGAUCAAGUGUGUGAAAGGGCAGGAUCAUUUAUAAUGUAUUAUUGAGGAUAGGAAGUAAAUUUUUAAUGUACACUUGAAAUAGCAUUCAAAGCUAACUUUUUGAAACUCAAUCCUUUCUGAUUUAUAGAAAACUCCUAUUUUUUUCCUCUGUAACAAGAUAGUAAGUUUUAAAUUGGGUUCCAUGUUGUAUUAAUUUCUGUGUUUCUAUAUUAAACCCAGUGCUUCAUCUAUAAUAUCACUCAAUUAUUGCUGAACCAAAUUGACUUUCUCCUUAUAGAGAAUAGUAAAAUGACAUGUGAAGAAGUAAAUUAAUUACUCUGAUGAUAAUUAUCAUUAAUAAAUAAUUC